AUGCAUUUCCGACUGCCCUCCGCUGUUUUUCUGGCCUUGGCCCUGGUUUGGCCUGUUUUCUCCGCGCAGCUUGCCUUCCCGGGUGCUGAGGGGUUCGGACGCUACGCUACUGGCGGACGCAAUGGAGAAGUCUAUGUCGUAGACAACCUCAACGAUGAGGGCACAGGCUCGCUGAGGGAUGCCGUCUCGCAGUCCGAUCGUAUUGUCGUCUUUGCUGUGGGCGGCACCAUCAACAUCACCGAUCGUAUCGUAGUUGAGAAGCGAGUUUCCAUUCUGGGACAGACCGCUCCUGGUGACGGCAUCGCAACCUACGGAAAUGGCUGGUCCUUCUCCAACGCUAACGAUGCCAUCGUGCGUUACAUCCGCAUCCGCAUGGGCAAGGGCGGCGACAAGGGCAAGGAUGCCAUCACCAUUGCCGAGGGCGCAAACAUGAUCUUCGACCACAUUUCCGUCUCUUGGGGCCGAGACGAGACCUUCAGCAUCAGCGGAGACGUCGCCAACAUCACGAUCCAGAACAGCAUCAUCGGCCAAGGCCUCGAGACGCACUCGUGCGGCGGCCUGAUGCAGACCGAAGACGGCGGCGUCUCGCUCUUCCGCAACCUCUACAUCGACAACAAGACGCGCAACCCCAAGGUCAAGGGCACCAACGACUUCACCAACAACGUCGUCUACAACUGGGGCGGCGGCGGCGCCUACAUCGCCGGCGACAGCAGCUCCGAGUCCAACGCCAACAUCGUCGGCAACUACUUCAUCUCCGGCCCCUCCACCUCCGUCACGGCCUUCACCCGCGGCAACGCCGUCUUCAACGGCUACGUCAAGGGCAACUACUACGACCCGGACCAGGACGGCGAGCUCAACGGCUCCGAGCUCGGCGAGUCCUCGUCCAACUACGGCGGCAUGACGCUCGUCGCCACAAAGCACGACUACCCGCCGCCGGCCACCGUCCUCGCCGCCCCGGACGCCGUGCGCGUCGCCAUCGCCGGCGUCGGCGCCUCGCUCAGGCGCGACCCCGUCGACGCCCUCCUCGUCGCCCAGCUCCAGUCGUACGGCGCCGACGGCGCCCUCAUCUCCGACGAGACGGCCGGCCCCGUCAACGGGCCCGGCUUCCUCGCCCCCGGCGCCGCGCCCGCCGACUCGGACGGCGACGGCGUCCCCGACGAUGCAGAGGCGGAGCUCGGCACCGACUCGUCUGCGGACGAUGCAAUGACCGUCGUCGACGGGUAUGCGAACGUCGAGAGGUGGGCGAACUCGUUGGUGCCGUCGUCUUAUGCUGCCGCUAGCAACGCCACCGGUAGUGGUUAA